UGUGUGAAACUAUGCAUGUGGUGUUUAAAGUACAAUACGGGGUGAACAUUUUUACCAUAUGGAAAUAUGGAGUUGCGAAAAAUGUUACACUGACAUUAAUACUGGGAACAAGAGUAAAACUGAUCUUGUUAACCCUAAAGAUCUGACACAGCUUGCCAUGUAUUCAUAUUUUUAUAUAUGAAUACGUAUUUAAGUAAACCACUUGCGGGAUUGUCACUUUUUAUGAGAAAUUCUUGUCAUAGGUGCAAUUUUAAUGUCAUUUUUAAUCCAGUCCAAAAGUUUUGUGUAAAGUUGAGUAAAUUAAAUACAGCCAGCCACGCAUCUGAGUUCAUGCCAAAACGUUAUGUAUUUGUUUUCCACACAACGAUAACUUAACUUCUUUUCAUGCAAAUAAACGUAUGGAAAUAAAGGGAUGAAGUCUGCAGUCGCCCACCCGAACUCACCGCGUCGCUUCCGCUGCACUCGACACCACGUUCGUGCCGAAACCGGUCGGGAUCGGAACGCACACCUGUUCGAAAGCGCCCUUUGUUACGCGACCGUCAUCGUGCACAUUCCGCGCGACGCACUAAAUCCCGCAGAGAUCAGAGAGACGCCGCCCACUGAAGUCUCCAGCUGUUAGUUUUAAGUUCCGGCGCGGGGACCUGUGCGCUCAUCAGAGCUCCGAUUUACGCAGUGGGAGCGCGCAGCCCUCACCUGACCUGUCCGCCGCCCGCCCGCCCGUCCGUCCGUCCGUCCGUCCGCUCGCACAGCGCUUCGACCAAGAUGCGCACCCCGGGUCUGCUCAUCUUCGGCAUGGUUUUCGCGCCCUGCGGAUGGGUGCUGGACCUGACCAGCACCGUGGCUCCGGACUGGAGGGAGAUCAGUCAGAUGCCAGGAGUGUCCACUGACGCGAUCAUGCGGCAGGGGAUCUGGGACAUAUGCUUGGCGUACCAGACCACCAGCCAGCAAACCUGUGGUCAACAGGAUUCGAGCUAUUUCGGCCAACAGAUCAUUCCCGUGGCGAAGGGCUUGAUGGUCGCGUCCCUGCUGGUCACCUUGUUCGGCAUCGCGGUGGCCACGGCGGGGGUCCGUUGCUGGAGAGACCGACCGAACUGGAUCAUCUCCGGACUGGGCGGGAUUUUGAUCUUCCUGUCUGGAGUCAUGACCAUAAUUCCCAUCGCGUGGUACACGCACAUCAUCAACUCCAUUCCAACCGUGACUUCAGGUACGAUAAACGUGGGAUACUGCAUCAUCCUGGGCUACAUCGGCGGCAUCAUGGAGAUCCUCGGCGGGGCAGCCAUGGUCAUCGGGAUGUGCUCGUGCUGCGGCGGCUGGAACCGCGGAGAGAGGUCCUCGAGGGGCACAGCCAAGUUCUCUCAGAGCAACCCCCCCGUGCCCAGAAAGGUCGAGGUGCCGAACAUCGCGCGGAGCAUUAGCACCUCGAGCAGCGUGCCGUACUCGCGGGACUCGCUGGCCGAGCGCGACUAUCCGCGCGCCAAGCCCCCGAGGAGCCGCUUCGUGGACACUUCGGUCACACGCAAGCCGUACGAUGCCGACCUGUGAACGCGAGCAGCAAAACGCGCCGUCCUUGUAAAUACAACGUGAAGACUUUUAAUGAAGGACGCGUUUGAGCAAACGGAGAAUGUCAGCAGUAAUAACGCGGUACUGUACGCUUAGGAUCGUCGGUU